AUGGUGCUGCUCAGGAGGAACGAGCCCAAGCUCAUCCCUGGAGUCUUGCUGCUUAUAUCUCUGGUGUUGAUAUUGCAGGCUGCAGAGAGUGCAGCUGGGAGCUCAUCAUCUUCUUGCUCUUGUCAUCUGCAUGGAGGAGCUGCAGUGAGGCUGCUUCAAGGGAGAAGAAUGCUAGCGGGUCGUCAUGCCGAGGUGCUUGCGAAGGGAUUACUGGAGCACGUCAACAAGGGAGGUGGAGACGCGAUUGGCGAGGAGGAGAAGAGGGAGGUCAUCACUGGGCCUAAUCCACUUCACAACAGAAGAUAG